UUCAAUACCUUCUUCUUCUUCUUUCAUCUCUCUCUCUAAAUAAUGACCGCUGAUUUGCAAUUACCUCCCGGAUUCCGUUUCCAUCCAACGGAUGUAGAGCUUGUUCUUCACUACCUCUGCCGUAGAUGUGCGUCGCAGCCGAUCGCUGUCUCCAUCAUUACUGAAAUUGAUCUCUACAAAUACGAUCCUUGGGACCUCCCCGAAAUGGCUUUAUACGGGGGCGAGAAAGAAUGGUACUUUUUUUCUCCUAGGGAAAGAAAAUACCCAAAUGGAUCAAGGCCGAAUAGGGCGGCUGGAUGCGGUUAUUGGAAGGCUACCGGAGCUGAUAAACCGAUCGGACAUCCAAAAGUUGUCGGAAUUAAGAAAGCUUUAGUCUUUUACUCCGGCAAAGCUCCUAAAGGAGAAAAAUCUAACUGGAUUAUGCAUGAAUAUAGGUUGGCCGAUGUUGACCGUUCUGCCCGGAAAAAGAACAUCCAUAGCAGCAGCCGGUUGGACGACUGGGUGCUUUGCAGAAUAUACAACAAGAAAGGAACAAUCGAGAAGCAUAACGGGCUAAUGGGCCAGAAAGUUCUAAAUAGCAGCCCAAUAGAAAUGAGCGAAGAGGAGAUAAAGCCCAAUAUAAAAGCCCAAUUAAAAUCAUCUAGGGUUUUCAACGAGUUAGCUUAUCUAGACAUGUCCGAUUCGGUGCCGAAACCUAACACCGAGUCAAGCUGCUCGGAGCACGUGCUGUCGCCUGAAGUCACGUGCGAUAGGGAGGUGGAGAGUGCGCCGAAGAUGUCGGAAUGGAAUACCGUCGCCGGUGCCGGUGCCGGAGCUCCGAUUGAUUUUCCGUUUGACUACCUGGAUGAGACUAUGGAUUUGGCGGCGGAAUUUCAGAGCAAUAAUCAGAUGUGGCCGAUGCAGGAUAUGUUCAAUUACUAAGUCAUUUUAGAUGGUAGGAUUAGGUGAGACUGCACGUGCGACAGGAGACAUGUGUCGAUGAGUGUGCACGUGCUAUAAUUCCUAAUUUUAUGCUGUUAGAAUAUAUAAAUAGAAUAAUGGGUAUGGACAUUAUUCAUAUGUUGUUGGAUGCAAGAAUAUAAAGGGAAAAAUAAUAAUGUUUAGUAAUUUUUGAAUGUUUUCAAAUA